GUCACCGCUGUCCUGGCGGUUUCGUUGUCCUCCAUACCUUCAUUCGAUUCCGGCUAUUUUUCGAUUUAUCGUCCUGGUAGCGGUUGUUACAUCGCCGUUGACUAUUUGGGAAUCAAUUUUAAUCGAGAGUUUGAGAGUGAGACUAAACUGAGGCGCUUGAAAUUCUGUCUGACCAAGUUCCCAGCAACAGAUUGACGAUAAAAAAAUGAUUCAAAGAAAACUUUUCAAUAUUGCACUGCUGUUUGCGUUAACUCUGAGCGUCAAUAUUGCAACGGGUGCAGCUGAUGAGCCGAGAGCAACUCCAGUACAAGGGACUCAUCAACGUGGCUGCGACUCCCCUAAGAAGGAUUAUGACUUUAUUACGGAAUACAAACGCCUGCCGCAGUACCGCUAUCUAGCCGCCUACAAACGAUUUCCUGAUUAUCUCUACAGCUUUGGCAUUGGCAAGAGAUUCGAUGACAACAUCAAGAGAAACUCGCCAUAUUCUUUUGGUGUUGGCAAGCGGAACAACUUUCCCAGGCUCUCCCUCCUGAGAGUUCCCCUAGGCUAUGGUCUCCCUCUUGACACCAAAAGUUAUGACUCCAAUCUCAUCAUCGACGAUUCCACUGAGACAAAACGCAAUGCACCAUCGCACACAUACGGUUUCGGAAUUGGCAAGAGAACUCCACUAUUACUCAAUGAUGAUUUCAAUGCUGACAAUCGAGAGUUGAAUGGUGAUAGGAAAUUCACCGACGACGGUCCACUGUGGGAUCAGUUUUAACUGAGCGUCAUAAUACAACUCAUUUUUAUCCUUUUUUCAAUGUCUGUGUAAAUGGAAAAUAAUGAAAACGGAAAAAAAAUCAGUAGCGAAUUGAGAAAACCGAGAUAAAUCUCUUUGAACUGUUGACCAGUUUUUAUUGAAUACAUUUUCUGCGGAGUUUAUUGAGUACUACGACAAAUGUGAUUAUAAAAAUUUUGUAAUAUCCUUUAAAUUCGGAGAUAUUGGUCAAAAAUUGGACUGAGCAGUAGGUCAUCUUGUCUCGGUUUACCAUUUUAGUACUGAAAUAUUCACAUGGAUGAAAAACAUCUGUCCUUCUCGGUGUAAAAAUCAUUCGCCUAAUACUAGAUGCUUAUCUCUUGACUGUAAAUCGAAAUGUCAUCAGCUCUCACGGAUAUCGCAGGUGGAAGAGUGGUAAUCAGUAGUGAAAUGACGGAAUGGGAUGACAUUCGUUCUAGGAUUUUCUCACAAAUAUUUUCGUGCGUGCAGUUAGUUUUAUUUUCACGAGAUUUUUCUUUGAUGAAUAGUCCAGCAUCGGAGGGAGAUACAGAAAUUUGGGGGAGUGUUUGUUUUGUGGACCGAGUGAAAUCUACAAAAACAAUAGUUAUCAUAAUUUAGCUUUUCCGUAGAUGCAAAAAUAUGCAGAAAAAACUCACACUCGUGACUGAAAUACUCUUCCCUGUAUGUUCGAGAGAGCCACAAACUUGCGAAAUGAGAAAAUUAUUUAUCACUUGUUAUUCCCUUGUCUUAGAUAACCGAAGAUAAAUGUAUAUUGCACAUUAAUGUGAGAAAUAAAAUACCUCAAAAUGGUAAUAAUUUUUUGUCAGAAUAAAGUAAACCAAAAAUGAUAAAA